AUGUCCUUUCGUCAGAAUUUUAAGCUAAAUACAGGCGUUUUGAUGCCAGCUAUUGGGUUAGGCACAUGGAGAUCAAAGCCAGAAGAAGUUUAUCAUGCUGUCAAGACAGCUAUUGAAGCAGGCUAUCAUGCUAAUGAAAAAGAAGUCGGACAAGCAAUCAAAGACAGCGGAGUUCCUAGAGAAGAACUCUUCAUUACUACAAAACUAUGGAAUACUUUUCAUAGACCAGAACUUGUUCAAGUUGCACUUAAGAGAUCACUUGAUAAUCUUCAAUUGGAUUAUCUAGACCUCUAUUUGAUGCAUUGGCCUGUAUCUUUUCAACCUUCAGAUGUCAAACAACCUAGGGAUGAGAAUGGACACAUUCUUUUGGAUGACACUGAUUUUACAGUGACUUAUGCGGAAAUGGAAAAGUUAGUUAAAAGUAACCAAGUACGAGCCAUUGGUGUAAGCAAUUUCAGUAUCGAGAACCUAGAAAAACUAGCCAAGACAGCCACUAUUUAUCCUGCCGUCAAUCAGAUUGAAGUACAUCCUCUUUUACCUCAACAAGAAUUGAUUGACUACUGUUUAAGUCAUGGCAUUGUUGUCACUGCUUAUUCUCCCCUUGGAAGCAGCGAUUCUCUCAUUAUGAAAAAUCAAACCAUUUUGGAUAUGGCAAACAGACACCAUGCCACAACUGCACAAGUUUUGAUAGCUUGGGGUAUUCAGCGAGGAUAUGGAGUACUUCCUAAAUCAGUAACACCUUUACGUAUUAUUUCUAACUUGCAACGAAUUGAAUUAUCUACACAAGAUAUGGAUGAAAUCAACAGACUUAUUAAAGAUCAAUCUCAACAAAGAUUGGGUGAUCCAUUUUAUUCUUGGGAUGUAGAUGUAUUUGGAUUACAUAUUGGUGAAGAAAAGAAGAAAUAA